CAAACACCCAUUUGGCUAUUCCUAUAAAUCACAUUCCACAAACCUAGCUAAUACAUUCAGAGAGAGAAACUCACGAAGUGUUUUAGACUUUAGAGAGAGAAACGGGGCGACCUGAGAUUCUUAGUUUGAAGAACACAAAAAUGGCUGGAUCAAUGAAGUCGAGUAUGGUUAUGUUGAUGGUGAUGAUGGUCGCUUCCAUGCAGAUGCAAAGCUCCAUUGCUCAGACAAGACAUGUCGUCGGAGACGCCUUGGGCUGGACCAUUCCUCAAAACGGCGCCGCCGCUUACACAACCUGGGCUUCCCAACAGAACUUCACCGUCGGCGACUCUCUUGUUUUUAACUUCACCACCGGUGCGCACAACGUGGCGGAAGUAUCACAAGCGGCAUAUGGCCCAUGCACCACCACCAACCCGAUUUCCAUCACCACCACCGGCCCUGCCACCCUCACCUUGACAACUCCAGGCAGCCACUACUACGUUUGCACCGUCGGAUCACAUUGCCAAAUUGGUCAGAAGUUGACCGUCAACGUAGCUGCUGCAGCCGCCGCACCUACCACCCCACCACCAGCACCAACACCCACCACUCCUCCUCCAGCAGCCACCCCCACGCCCACCCCCACACCAACACCGUCACCGGUUUCUCCACCAACCACCAGCCCAACCCCAGCCCCCGGCCCUUCCACCACCACCACACCACCUACCUCUUCUCCCGCACCUUCUCCGGUUGGAGCCAGCCCACCAUCACCUUCUUCAUCCAGCCCAUCUCCUACAGGCAGCACCACCCCAUCUCCUGCCGGUGACUCCACUCCUCCUCCACCAGCACCUAGCAACGCUGCAUCUUUGAUGGCUGCGGUGCCGGUCACUUUUUUGGCCGUUGCUUUAACUUUCUUUUACUAGAGUAAUCAUAUUUUUUUUUUAUUAUCUUGAUCAUUAGUUUGAGCGAUUACACGGCUGUGUGUGAUUAAUUUCUGGGUUUAUUUUUUCUCACGUUUGUAAGGAUUGAAUUAAAUUAUGUUAUUUUUCAUAUUCGUAUCAAUAA